CGGAAGAAGACGUUGUCUUUCUUAUCAAUUUCUGUUUGUAGCUGUAAAGAGAGAAUCCAUAAAACGAACAGGAGUCUUAAUUUUCUUAAUUAGCACGGCUUUUAAUAGCUUACACCAUGGCAGAGGAGGCAGAGAAGUUUCUGCGAAGUGCCGCUGUUGAUCAGAAUGCUCAGCAAGCCUUCGACUCCAAGAAGUGGCUGUGGGUACCCGAUGAUGCCGAAGGCUUCAAGAAGGCCACCGUCACCGAGACGAAAGGCGAGCAGAUUACUGUUCAAAUCGAGAAUGGAGGGGCUGCAACCUUUGAUGCCGAGAAAUGCUAUCAAAUGAAUCCUCCCAAGUUCGAGAAGAUCGAGGACAUGGCCUGUUUGACAUACCUCAACGAUGCUUCUGUCCUGGAGAACUUGAGGCAGAGAUACUACAGCAGUCUCAUCUACACCUACUCCGGUCUUUUCUGUGUGGUGAUCAACCCCUACCGGCGACUGCCUAUCUACACCGAUGCAGUUGUACAGAUGUACAAGGGCAAGCGUCGCACUGAGAUGCCACCCCACGUCUUCUCCGUCACUGACAACGCCUACUGUGACAUGCUUCAGAACCACGAGAAUCAGUCUAUCCUGAUUACUGGUGAAUCUGGUGCCGGAAAGACCGAGAACACAAAGAAGGUCAUCCAGUACCUGGCUCAAGUUGCUGGCAGUGGAGCCAAGAAGGGACAAGGCAAUCUGGAUGAGCAGGUCAUCCAGGCCAAUCCCGUGUUGGAAGCUUUCGGUAACGCCAAGACCGUCCGUAACGAUAACUCUUCUCGAUUCGGAAAGUUCAUCCGUAUCCACUUUGGCAACAACGGCAAGAUUUCUGGUGCCGAUAUCGAGUACUACUUGCUUGAGAAGUCGCGUGUCGUUCGUCAGACCAGCAAGGAGCGUAGCUACCAUAUCUUCUAUCACCUCCUGGCCGGUGGCUCCAAAGAGAUGCUCGAGAGUCUGCUGCUUGGUCGCAACUACUCUGACUACAAGUUCAUUGCUUCCAGCUGCCCCACUGUAGAGAGCAUGGACGACCAACAAGAGUUCAAGGCAAUGGAGGAAGCUUUCAAUGUACUUGGAUUCGACAAGGAAGAAAAGAUGUCGCUGUACCGCACCGUUGCCGCCAUCCUUCAUCUUGGCAACAUCAAGCUGCGUUCCAAGAGUUCCCGUGACGACCAGGCCGAAGUCGCUGACCCAUCUGAUGCCCAGAAGGCUUCUCACUUGUUGGGUAUCAAGGUUGACGAGCUGUGCAAGAGCUUGGUGCGCCCGCGUAUCAAGGUCGGAAACGAGUGGGUUGCCCAGGGCCGAACCACCGACCAGGUCGCAUUCAGUCUUACCGCCAUCUCCAUGGCCCUGUACGAGCGCAUGUUCCGAUGGCUGGUACAGCGUGUCAACAAGACCCUCGACUACAAGAUGCACAACAACUACUUCGUCGGCGUCUUGGACAUUGCUGGUUUUGAAAUCUUCGAGUUCAACUCCUUCGAACAGCUGUGCAUCAACUACACUAAUGAGAGGCUGCAACAGUUCUUCAACCACCACAUGUUCGUGCUCGAGCAGGAGGUCUACCGCAAGGAGGGAGUCGACUGGGAGUUCAUCGACUUUGGUCUUGAUCUUCAGGGAACUAUCGAACUGAUUGAGAAGCCGCUGGGUAUCUUGUCUCUCCUGGAUGAGGAGUGUCUGUUCCCCAAGGCCUCUGACAAGACCUACACUGACAAGCUGCACCAGAACCACGAGGGCAAGAGCUCUCAGUACAGCAAGAUUGGUUUCACCAAGGGCAACAAGACACCUGCCAUGUUCAAGCUCCACCAUUAUGCUGGUACCGUCGAAUACAACACCGACAUGUGGCUGGACAAGAACCGUGACCCUCUCAACGACAACGUCGUCGACCUGCUGAAGAAGUCUUCCGAGAACUUCAUGCAGACCAUCUGGGCCGACCGUGCUGCUGAGUCCUCUACUCGCAAGAAGGGAAGUCAGUUCCAGACUGUGAGCCAGAUUCACAAGAGCUCUCUGAACAAGCUGAUGAACACUCUUCAUGAGACUCAGCCUCACUUUGUCCGUUGCAUCAUCCCCAACGAGAUGAAGAAGCCCGGCGUUGUCGAGGCUAAGAUGGUGCUGCAUCAGCUGCACUGCAACGGUGUCCUGGAAGGUAUCCGUAUCUGCCGUAAGGGAUUCCCCAACAGACUCCCAUUCCAGGAGUUCCGUCAACGUUAUUCCAUCCUGGCCCCUAGCUCUGCACCCAUGGGAUUCAUGGACGGUCGCAAGGCAGCCGAGUGUCUUCUCGAUGCCCUGCAGCUGGAGAAGAACGAGUUCCGUGUCGGUAUGACCAAGGUCUUCUUCAAGGCCGGCGUUCUCGGUCAGCUGGAAGAUGAGAGAGACAAGAAACUAGCUCAGGUCUUGACCAUCAUGCAGUCUCACAUCCGUGCCAAGCUCAUGCGACAGAUGUUCAACAAGCUGCAGGACCAGCGCCUAGCCAUUGCCGUCAUCCAGAGGAACAUGCGCAAGAACGUCUUCCUUCGCAACUGGCCAUGGUGGAAGCUGUACACCAAGGUCAAGCCUCUUCUCAACGUCUCCAGGCAGGAGGAUGAAGUCCGCCAGAAGGACGAGGAGAUCACCAAGUUGAAGGACAAGUGCACUCGUCUCGAGACCUGCGAGAAGGACUUGGAAGACAAGCAGGCUGCUCUCAUGGAGGAGAAGCAGCAGCUGUUCCAGGACUUGCAGAGGGAGCAAGAAAUGGCUGCUGAUGCCGAGGAUCGUCUUGCUCAGCUGACCAUCGCCAAGGACAGCUUGGAAACCCAGGUUGCUGAGCUCACUGAGAGACUCGAGGAGGAGGAAGAUGCCAACGCAUCCAUCUCCAGUGCCAAGCGCAAGCUCGAGGCCGACCUUGAGCAGCGCUCCAUGGAGCUCGAGGAGAUCAAGAGAAACUUCGACAAGAUCGACGGCGAACGUCAGACACACGAGCGCAACGCCAAGCAGUACGGCGAGGAGCUCGAGAAGCAGAACGAAGCCGUUGCCCGCUUGACCAAGGAGAAGGCCGCCUUGGAGCAGCAAUUGGAGGUAACUACCAAUGCUCUCCAAACUGAGGAAGACAAGGUCAACCGUCUCACCAAGGCCAAGACCAGACUCGAGGCUCAAGUCAAGGAGCUUCUCUCCGACAGCUCCGACCAGCGUUCUGACCUGCAGUCCAAGAUUGAAUUGCUUCACUCUCAGACCACGGGCGCACAGACUGAACUGGCCGAGUCCGAGCAGAAGGUCAACCAGCUGAUGAGAACCAUCAAGAACUUGGAAGAGCAGCUCGAGGCAGCCAAGGCUGACCUGGAAACCAACAAGGCCGCCAAGAAUGAUGCUCAGAACAAGCUGAAGAUCGCCACCAAGGACCUGGCUACCACCACCGAGCAGUUGGAGGAGGAGCAGCGUAUCCGCGAGGAGGUCGAGGCCAAGCUGAGCAAGGUGACCAGCGACUACACUGCCCUCAAGCAGCGCAUGGACACCGAGAUCAACACCCGCCUCGAGGAGCUCGAGUCAGACAAGCGUCGUCUCAAUUCUAAGUGCACUGAGAACGAGAACGUUCUCGAAGACAUGCAGAAGAAGAUCAGCAACCUGGAGAAGACCAAGCAUCGCUACGCUGUGCAGAUCGAGGACUUGACUGUCAACCUGGAGAACGCUCAGACAGCGUCCGCCAAUCUUGACAAGAAGCAGAAGAAGAUCGACCAGAGCAUUGCCGAGUGGAAGGGCCGUUGCGAGAACCUGACUUCGGACCUGGAGAACGCUCAGCGUGAGGCCCGCACCUACUCCACCGAGGUGCUCAAGCUCAAGAACGACCUUGAGGAACAGGUCGAUGCUCUUGAGAACUCCAAGCGUGAGAACAAGAGCCUGGCAUCUGAAGUCAAGGAUCUCACUGAGCGUCUUGGUGAGGGUGGCAAGUCUACUCACGAGCUGGAGAAGGCCAAGAAGCGCCUUGAGGCCGAGCGUGAUGAGCUCACCGAGCAACUCGAGGAAACCGAAGGUGCUCUUGAACAAGAAGAGGGCAAGGUACUCAGACUACAGCUCGAAAUCCAGCAGAUCAAACAGGACUACGACCGCCGCUUCCUGGAGCGCGAUGAGGAAACCGACUCUGUGCGCAAGAACUGCCAGCGUCAGCUUGACUCCAUGCAGGAGAGCAUCGACACUGAGAUUCGCGCCAAGGCUGAGCAGGCCCGUCUGAAGAAGAAGCUCGAGGUCGACACUGCUGAGCUGCAGAUGAUGGUAGACUCCAUGACCAAGUCGAACACAGACGCUUCCAAGAACUCCAAGCGUCUCCAAGCUCAAGUCAAGGAUGUCCAGGCCAUGCUCGAACAGGAACAGAAAUACAAGGAAGAGUCACAGGCUGCCCUCGCACGCUCCGAGCACAAAGUCAACGAAAUCCAGUCGCAGGUUGACGAGCUGCGCAGCACAAACGAGAACUUGGAGAGGCAGUUGCGCAAUGUCGAGGGCGAGGUGAAUGACGCCCAAGAGAGAUCUGCCGACCUUCAGACACAGAUGACAACACUGACAGGUGCCAAGAGACGUGCCGAGCAAGAGGCUACCAUGCUCAAGGACGAGAUCGAGGAGAUCUCCACGGAGAGCAAGAUGAACGAGGAGCGCGCUCGUCGUCUCCAGAAUGAAGUCAGCCGUCUGCAGACCGAGACCACAACUCUCAACGAGACGGUCAACUCCAUGGAGAAAUCCAAGAGCUCUGCCGAACGUCAAGUCAAGGACCUGCAGGCCACCAUCGAGGAUCUGGAGGCUGUCGGCGGCAAGAAGCUGAAGACACAGGUCACCAAGGCCGAGGCCAAGGCACGCGAGCUUGAGCACGACCUGGAGAGCGAGCAGAAGAAGACGAGCGAGUUGACCAAGUCCAACCGCCGUACUGAGCGUAAGAUCAAGGAGAUGCAGUUGCACCUUGAAGAGGAACAGCAGAACACCAGAAGACUGCAGGACCAGGUCACACAGCUGCAGUCCAGAUCCAAGCAGCUGCGCCGCCAGGCUGAAGAAGCUGAGGAAGAGGCAGAGAGCCUUCGCAACAAGGUCCGUCGUCUGCAGAACGAAGCAGAUGAGGCUAUGUCCCGUGCUGACGAGGCAGAAGCCGCUCUGACCAGCCGCCGGACGAUGACCGUCAGUUAAAAUGACAGCCCAUCGCAAGUCUAUCGGUGGAACGCGUGUGUUUGUGUGUGUUGCCAGUGUCGUUGUUGUCUUCGCUGCUGCUGUGAAUUAUCCCCGUUCACAUUCUGAUUAUGAUUGUCUUAGCCCCCUUUCCACCGUAUGUUCGUUUGUAUUCAGUUCCCCUCAGAAUUACCGUCCCUCGACAGCGCCGCCGCCGCCUCGCUAGCUUUUGUUUAUAUUUUCACGAUCAUAUUCCGAAUCUAGUAUUUGGUUGCUACUAGCUCCCAUCUUCCCUUGUCAUAAUAUGUAUCAAUAUCACUGAAUCUGUGUAAUCUAUCGAGGUCUAUUUAUAUGCGCAGGUCUUCUUGAGAGAUAUAGUAUACUGAUUUCAGCCAUCUUUCCUUAGUUCUCUGCGUCACUGUCCGUUUGUUGUUGGUCGCAACUUACUGUUAGAAUAGGUCGUAGCCGUGCUUGUCAAAUCAACACUUUUAGCCUGA